CUCAAACCAUCUAAGAUUCUAUGAUUAAAAAACUAUUUUUCUUAGGGUAGAAUUUGUAUUUCUAGUCUAGGCUAAUAUUAAUGUGAGUUUUAAAUUGGGCAUUCCUGCCAUGUUGCACAAGUUUAAAUCUAUUAAGAAAAUUUCAUCCUAGUCCUGGCCUCUUAUUUCCCACGUUUUCUAGGCUUGAUAACAUUUUUGGGUUUUUUUCAGUCUUGUCCUUUGGAGGGCUGUGUUCAGUGAAAAGUGAUGGCUAGAACAUUUCCUUUCUCUUGGUAAGGCUCAACGUUUACUACUGAUGAAUUUGUCUUCUUGCCUAUAAUGUUCCCAUUGCUCCGAUCUCUCUGGAUCAUUUGCAGUUUGAGUCUGCCUCCUCUGUUUGCUCCCACUGUGAUUUGGGUGCCAUCAGCAAAUCUGCUUGCUGUUGUACUGGCACCACAGAAAUCCGUGACACGGAUGAGGCUCCUGGCCGGGUUUGACGCCCCUGCAGCAGCCCAGCAGGGGCAGCCCCGCAGUUUCUGUUGCUGACACGUGCGCUAUGGAAACCACUGGGGAGCUCCUGCUUCAGCUGUGCCGGCAUCCAGCUGUGACAAAGCCGGGCCAGGGGCUGCACCAGCUGCUCUCUGAAGUACCAACAGCGUUGUGGGAGGCACGACAUGAGGCUGGCUUACAGAGCUGUGCUAUGACAUAUUUUGCAUAAACUUCACAUGAGAGAACUACCACCGGACUUCUAUUCAUAGCCGGUUCAAGCCACUUGUUCAUCCACAUUCACAGAAAAAAUACCUAGGUGCCUAUGGGAAUGAGAGGUGAUGCCAAAUCCUUUUCUAAUCUAGUGGUGGGACUGUGGCACAUUAUCAACCUGAUACAAUGUUAGUAGGGAGCAGUGAAGUGUCUUUGACGAAACUUCCUGUUGGAAUGCCUCACAUCAAUGCAGCUGCAGCUCUGCAGAUUUCCAUGCUGCUCUUUGCUCUUCCUGCACAGUAUUUAAUAUCUCAGUGGUACGGAACAGAUUCUGCCGAGCGCAUCCAAAUAACAGAAAGGAUAAUUGCCUCUUGGAGCAUCUCAACAAGAUCUUACUUGCAUCUGGAUGCGUGGGCAGAUUGUUUAAAGCUGUGGCUCUCGAAGACAAGGAAUUGGUACUAUGGAGAGAACAAAACCGAAAGCGGUGAUGAUGAAGCAAAACCCCAUUCUUAUCUUGCAGAAUCAACUCAGGUUCACAGUCCAAAGCCUGAAUAUGUUAAGUUCUGUGUGGGCCAGGUAAUAAUUCACAGAAGAUUUGGCUACUCAGGAGUCAUUGUCGGAUGGGAUGUAAAAGUUAACACUCCAGAAGAACAACUACAGCCUAGAUAUCCUCCAGUGAAACAGGAUCUAAAAGAUACUCCUCGCUAUCGAAUUCUAAUUAACAAAGCAAAUGGAUUUGGCAAAUCUACAGCUUAUGUUUCUGAGGAAGAGAUAACAGUUAUUAUGGGAUUAGAGGUGUAUCACCCUGAUAUGGAAACCUACUUCAGUGGAUAUGAUGGAUCAAAAUACAUUAUGCAGCCAUGGUUGAAAAAACUCUACCCACAUGACUGAGUACUUCAGUGUCUGUACGUCUAAUGUACAUCCAUACAACAGAGCAAACAGACACCAGGACAAAAUGUAUAUUUUUUCCUAUGAUGAAAUAAAACAUUCCUAAGCAGG